CGCAACCUAAUACGAUUACACAACACCCGGUUUGACGCCGAUCUCCUCCGACUCCAAGUUCGAAGAUGUCUGAGCUGGUGGACACGCUGAAGAAGACGGUGGAGAAGUUGGAGCAACGGAUCGAGGACUUGGAGCAGCGGAUACAACAUGGCAGUGGCGGCGCCGCCACUCAAAAAGCGGGUGCUGAGAGCAUUCGCAUGAUUCUGAUCGGACCACCUGGUGCUGGCAAGGGAACGCAAGCUCCGAACAUCAAGGAGAAGUUUGGCUGCUGCCAUCUCGCGACCGGCGAUAUGCUCCGCGCGCAAGUCGCGCAGAAGACCGAUCUUGGCAAGCAGGCGAAGAAGAUUAUGGACGAGGGCAAGCUGGUCUCGGACGAGAUUAUGAUUGGCAUGAUUGAGAAGGAGUUGGAGAACAACAGGGAGUGCCGCAAUGGAUUCAUCCUCGACGGAUUCCCUCGCACCGUUGUCCAGGCCAAGAAGCUCGACAGCAUGCUCCAAGCCAAGCAGCAAGCCCUCAAGCACGCCAUUGAGCUCAAGAUCAACGAUGAUCUACUCGUAGCUCGCAUCACUGGUCGUCUCGUGCACCCAGCUUCCGGCCGUUCAUACCACAAAAUCUUCAACCCACCGAAGAAGGAUAUGACCGAUGAUGUCUCCGGCGAGCCAUUGGUGCAGCGGUCUGACGACAACGAGGCGGCCCUCAAGAAGCGGUUAGGGACGUACCACGAGCAGACUGCUCCUGUGGUGGACUACUACCGGAAGACGGGCAUCUGGACGCAAUUGGACGCUAGCAAGAAGCCUGGUGAAGUGUGGAAGGAUAUGUUGAAUGUCUUCGACAAGGGUGCCGCAAGCCAGGGACUCCUCAGCAAGAUUGGCCUGAAGAACUAGAAAGCUGGAUGCAUUGGAUUGUUGGCAGAUGGUGGUAAUGGGAAUAUCGCCUCGUUGCGAGCAUCCGAGCCAAUGGAGGGAGGGACCAGCAGCAGCCGGUGAGUACCACCACCAGCUUGAGGCUGAGCAUACGGGCUGCGAAAAUGUAACAUAC